GGUGCGGGGGGUGGGGUGGGACGGAGAUCCGGGCCCGACUGCAGCUUCCUCCGAGCGGAGCCGCAUUUCCAGCCACCUCCGCAGCCCUGCCCUCGCGCGCCGAGCCGUUCGCGGCCGUGCCGCCUGGAGGCGCGGAGCCCGCCCGGCGCGCCCAGCCCUGCAGCUCCGGCCGGGGCGGAGGCCGCCGGACCGCGGAGAUGCGGGGCGGGGGCAGGGCGCGGGGAUUACGGUGGGAUCAUGGCAGGGCUGGGCUCCGAUCCCUGGUGGAAGAAAACCCUUUACUUGACCGGGGGAGCUUUGCUGGCCGCAGCUGCGUAUCUGCUCCACGAACUCCUGGUCAUUAGGAAACAGCAAGAGAUUGACUCCAAAGAUGCUAUUAUUUUGCAUCAGUUUGCAAGACCUAACAAUGGUGUCCCCAGUUUAUCUCCUUUCUGUUUGAAAAUGGAAACUUAUUUAAGGAUGGCUGACUUACCCUAUCAGAAUUAUUUUGGUGGAAAACUCUCUGCUCAAGGGAAAAUGCCUUGGAUUGAAUAUAAUCAUGAAAAAGUUUCCGGGACAGAAUUCAUAAUUGACUUUCUGGAAGAGAAACUUGGAGUGAAUUUAAACAAAAACCUUGGUCCUCAUGAACGAGCCAUCUCCAGGGCAGUGACUAAGAUGGUGGAGGAGCAUUUCUACUGGACCUUAGCUUAUUGCCAGUGGGUGGACAAUCUCAAUGAGACCCGGAAGAUGCUCUCUCUUAGUGGUGGCGGUCCCUUCAGUAACCUGCUGAGGUGGGUCGUGUGCCACAUAACGAAAGGAAUCGUGAAACGCGAGAUGCAUGGCCACGGCAUUGGCCGCUUCUCCGAGGAGGAGAUUUACAUGCUGAUGGAGAAGGACAUGCGGUCUUUAGCAGGGCUUCUGGGUGACAAGAAGUACAUCAUGGGGCCCAAGCUCUCCACCCUCGACGCUACUGUCUUUGGACACUUGGCCCAGGCAAUGUGGACCUUACCUGGGACGAGACCUGAACGGCUGAUUAAAGGUGAGCUGAUCAAUCUGGCUAUGUACUGUGAGAGGAUAAGGAGAAAAUUCUGGCCGGAGUGGCACCACGAGGAUGACAACACCAUCUACGAGUCGGAGGAGAGCAGCGACGGCAGCAAGACACACACGCCCCUGCUGGAUUUCAGCUUUUACUCAAGGACAGAGACCUUUGAAGACGAGGGAGCAGAGAACAGUUUUUCCAGAACCCCAGACACAGAUUUCACCGGACACUCGCUCUUUGACUCCGAUGUGGACAUGGAUGACUACACAGACCACGAACAGUGCAAGUGACGGUCAGCCCCGCUGACCCUCCUCUGCUGGAGCUGCCUCUCCCUGGGGUCCGUCCAGCUUCCCAGGCAGACAUCCAUCGAGCUGGGAGCAGAUCUUCGUGCUCGGCACGGUUCUCGCAAAAGCUAACUGGAGUAGAGCAGCCUUAUUUCUCUUUUGUACAAACCAGACCCAGAACCAUUCCUAUGGCUCCCUUUAAAACAAAGAGGCAAAAAAAAUAAAAAAGUCAGCAUGGUUCCUAAAAUUCAUUUUUGUUUUCAUUAGAAAACUAACGUUGUGUGGUAGAGCAGGUCCAAGAGCGGGUUGUCCACAGACUGCUUAGACAUUGAUCCCCUGCAACCCGAGGGCUUAGGUGUGAGCUGGAUCCUUGAACGUCCUUCAUCCGGUAGGAUUCAGUCGUGAGUGAUGUCAUCAGAAGUAAUGCAGGAGAUAAGUGUUCUUUGGUGGCCGCUUGUAUUUUCUGUGUGUAUAUUGUAUGUUGAAAUAUAAGUCAAAUAAAAUCCAUAGAUAUUCAGUGAACACCUACUACGUGCAAAGCACUGUGCUAGGUGCUAGCCAGAAUUGGUUUUAUCCUAAGCCCUGCCAGUGACUAGCUAUGUGAUUCUGGGCGAGUCCCUUAAUUCUUGUGUGCCUCAUUUCCCCCGCCUGUAAAGUGGGGGUGACUAUAGUCUCCACCUACCUACCUCACAGGGGUGUUGUGAGGAUUCAUGUGGUAACAUUUGGCGCUUUAAACCUCUAGGAAGAGGUGUGACAUAAACACAUUUUGUUCUUUAAUGUGCUUCGUGCGUGUGAAGAUCGGCGGGCGGAGGAAUUCCAUAUUCAGGCAACAGCAGCCACGGUCUCUCGCCCAAGCCGAGCCGAUGGAAUACACACCAAGGCACAGUUAGGACGCGCUCAUCAUCCUCUUUGUGAUCUUGCUUGAAUUGAGACCUUUCCUUGAAAGAACCUUGGAAAUAUUUUUACAGAUCAUCAACAGCUACAAACAGUCUUCAAUUCUACUGUAUAUUUGCAGAGAAGUCUCUUUUGUUGCCUGAACUCACACUGGAAAGCUGUCCCUUGUUGAUUCCGGAGUGUUAAGUUGCCUACGUUUGAUUUACUUGAUAAAGCUCAGGAAUAAGAUCUAUUUAAUAGAGGUGAAGGGAAAAGGAUUUGAUUGAUUUUUUUUUUUAAGCAGAUGCUCGCCAACUUGUAAUGUCUUUUUUGAAAACAAACUUUGCAAGAUGUACUGAAAAGAUGAAGAAGGAAGAGGAUCGUUGUAAAUGGUAGCAGAGCACUUUGUGCCGUGUAGACUCUAUGCAGUUUUUAUUAAUGCAACUUUUCUGGUCUCAGCCCUUGUCCAGUGAGGGGGAGCCAAUGCUGAGGAGAAUCUUAAUGUUUCUUAAGGAUUUCCCCUCCCCUUCCUGUCCUCUCUUUCCCUCCCCAUAGAGCACCUGAACUCUUGGGGUUACAGUGUUGACUAAGGCACUCUAUCUCUGAAGACAUAGUUUUGGUUGACAUAGAACAUCUUCCAGUGAAAUAUGGGGUGAAGAUCCUGGGGUGAUGGCUGUGGAUUUGGGCUUCUGACCACAACUGCCUGGGGGAGGGCUAUUCCUAAUGGGGUUAAAAAGGAACUUCUUAAAAGACAGCAACUUCUGAGAAGUUCAUAUACUUUAUUUGAAAAAGACUCUGAAUAUAGUUUUGGCAAAACAGUCCUAGAAUGCCGUGGAUUCACAAAGACGUAAUGGGAGAGAGUAUUUGAGGUGAUUUACCAUUUAAGCAAUGUGUAACUAGGAAGAAGUGCUGAAACACUCUAAGCUGGAUAUUUUUAUUCCACAUAAAACUCAGUUGUUAGUAUCUUAUCAAACCCUUCAUCUUUGAGGGGACUGUUGGAUGCCUAACGAGAAUGUGUUGGAAGAUAUAUGAAUGGAUAAGCCUAUUUUGUUUCCAGCAUCAUUUCCAGGAUUACCUACCUCUUAUCUCUCUAGCAAAUGCAUUCCAAGACCAACUGGUGGUAAUUCUGUGUGACAGGGGAAGUCCUGGCUUGAAAAUGUGGAGUCGACAGACUGUGGACCUAGCUCUGCUAAGACUGAGUUGCCCUUUCUCCAUCUUCAGUUGGAAAGAGUUGGGUUUGAAAUUUUGUCUAUAAUUUAUUCUUCCUGUAUAGCACAAAAUAUACUGUAUCUUCAUGCUACAAAGUUUUAAGUUAUGAGUAUGUGGGGUCACAGAUAUUUAUUAUUGUGUAUUACUUGGAGGGCACAUCCAUGGAGAACCAACAUUAAAUAUGUGAAAGCUUCAUUCAUUCUCUCCAGGUGCCUCCCACAGGGGCUGAGUCCUGGGUACUGCCCGAAAACUCAUGUUUGGGUAUUCAGCAUUUUGUAGGUAUAACUUGAUUAGGAACCCUAGAACAUACCCAGGUUUUACUUUCCCAAAGUGGGUUAUGGAAAAGUUAUGACUAAGACAAAACCCACAGUGGUGUGGGCAACUUAAGCAGUCUUGAUUAGGUGGGCUUUAAUUUUAUAUGUUUCAUUCUUAGGCUGCCCAGAUUGAACUGUUCUCCUAUUCGAUGAACAGAUGCUACUUAUAAGAAAAAUAACAAGAAAUUAGGGGAUGUUUUGGUCAUCUGACUCUCUUGUUCAAGUUCUGUAUUUCUUUUUUUAUUGGAAGAUAACUUAAGGAAGUGUGAUCUUUAAUGCAAGAGAUGCUUUUGGAUGGCCAGAAGACCUGUGGGCUACCUGUUCUUUUUUACCUCUCAUUGUAAAAUUAAAUUCUAUCUUUUUCUCCACUUCCCUUUGCCCCACCCCACCCUCAUUUCCACUUGUCUGGAUGAAGGAGCAGCCAAAUUAUACUUUGCCUUGCAUAUGUCAGAGUAGAUACAAGGAGGAUUUAAAUUUAUGCAGAGGUAAACCAUAUUGCCAGAGGUUCCCAUUUCUUUUGUAACAUCAUGAUUUGUGAAUAUUAAUGUUACCAAGGCGAUGGGCUACCCAGCUGACUGAUCACAGACUUAGAACAACUGGACUUGAAGCAGAACUUGAGUCCUGGUUCUCACAUGAGCCCUUGUCCUCACAUGAGCCCUACUUGUGUGUACUGAGGUGUGAGGAUAUGUGUUUGUGAAACAACUAGGGUACAAGGAAAGGAGGCGUUAAGGAUUGUAGCUGUGGGGGUCUUGCCCAAAUUACUUGAAAGUAUAGACUCAUAGACAUGGAUAGCUGAGUGGUGGAUUUGCUCUGGAAAGCCAUAUUUAUUUGAAGGGCAGGCCCAGAACUGAGGUCUUUCACCUUGCCUUACAGAGUUCUUGCCAUUACAUCAGCUUGACUUGGAUUAUUUUUAAAACCACCUCCCCGAGAGCUCACUCCAUGUUUGUAGAACUGGCGCAUCCCAGCCUCUCCGAGAGUGCUCGAAAUCGAUCAGUCUUGUCCCCUGUAUCUCUUCACCCGGGUCAGUUCAAGGGAUCUUUGUUCGGUAUCUACUCUGUACAAAGUGCUCCCUGUGCUCUGGGAAUGUCACCAAGAUGGACAUGUAAGUUACCAAGACCCUUGUUCUUGGAUUGGAUCUUUUAAGGAAUCCGUGCCCAUAUGAUCUCUCACUGGGUAUUUAGUUACUCACUGAUGAUGGGCUUCCUUGGUGGUUCAGCAGUCAAGAGUCUGCCUGCAAUGCAGGAGACUCAGGCGAUGUGGAUUCAAUCCUUAGCUUGGGAACGUCCCCCGGAGGAGGAAAUGGCAGCCCACUCCAGUAUUCCUGCUGGGAAAGUCCCAUAGACAGAGGAACCUGGCGGGCUGGAGUCCAUGAGUUUGCAGAGUUGGACAUGACUGAGCACACACACAGUGGUUUUUAAUUUUUGUGUCUCCAUUGAUAAUCUAAUGCAAGUCCUAUGCCCUAGUCCCAGAAAAAUAUGGAGAUAUAUGAAAUUUUGCAUAUAAGUUCAGGAGAUCUAGAAAUGUCUUGAAAUUACCUGUGGAUUCCUUAGGGGGUUCAUGGACCACAGUUGAAGAAACCUUGUUUGAAAAACAGUCUUUAGAAGUUACUGCUGUUAGUGUUCAUUCUUGCUUGCUUUUAUCCCAGCCAGACAGGAGAUGAAUUAGAAUGGGAGGUGCAAACACAAGUAAUCUGUAUCUUUAUCCACAUGGGGAGUGCUCUGUGACAGGGAAGGAAGAAGAGGCGCUUCACAUUGAGAAAAUAUCCUUCUUCUGAUAAGUUUGGCAUUUUGAAAGUGAAAGGAUUUUGUUGUCAUCAUCACUGUCAUCUACCUUCUGACCACCCAGAAUGUUGAUUUUGCAAAAUCAGUUCAGGGACAGGGGCGUCGCUUCAGCCCUGAAACCCACCACCUCUGCAUGGAUAAGCUGAUUGGUCUGUGGCUUAAGGCGGGAGAGAAGAAGCUGGAUUUUUCCUUAUAGGAAUAAGUUCUGCACAAUCAGAUUUUUCUGCAUUAAUUAAUUAAUUAAUUGAACAAUUGUUGAGUGUAUUUUCAAUAAAAGGAUGGUGCCUUUCGUUGAUAGGGAACAACUCAGGCUCUUCCUCUUCUUUUUCUUUCUCUUCUCCUUCAUCUCCCCCCUCCACUCCCUCCUUCCUCUCCUCCUCUUCCUCUUCUUUCUUUCUUUUUUUUUUUUUUUAACAUGGGGUGAGACUAUUUUCAUUGCUCCUGGCUAUUACCCAGGAUCCUUUGUUCUCCUGUCUAUGCAGUGCUAUUUAAGAAGAACAAGGACUGAUGAAAGUACAUUCAAUGACAAAUACUUCUUGAGUCUAAAUGCGGAACUCUGGCAACCCAUUUCUAACAGGUCCAGGAUCGAUUGCCUGUGACUGUGGCAUGCUUGACCUUUAUUCAUUUACUUUUGAUGGUCUGGAUGCAAUUUGCAAAGUUUAAAAGGACCACUUGGUGUGUGAGCAGGAGGCUCCUCUGGAUGGCAGAACCCUUGCUAGUGCCAGGAGUAAUGCAAAUGGAUGUGGGGUUUUCUUCAUUUUGUUUAGGUUUUUAGUCCCUGACUUUAAAGACUAUCUUAAAGGUAAUUAAGGCAUUUUAAUCUUUAAGAUAACUGGAACCAGCAACACAUUGGCCUUGCCCCAUAAAGAAGGUUACAGAGAAUACUGAAAGUAGUGUAAAAGGAAGCAACUCACUGUUUUGGGGCUGACAGUAUGACCUCCUUAACCACUCUGGCUCUGGCCAAACAGGGACCUUGUCCCCAGACCAGAGCUCUCUGAAACUUCUGCUGCUGGCUAGACCAUUUGGAUGCUCAAAUGUCAAGUGGAUUAUUGCCCCUAAUUAUCAAAUUUGUAGACAAAUAAAGGGGACCAUUGCAAUAAUAAAACAGCUUAUGAAUAUGGUCCAGCCAGCACCAACACUCCUGAUCAUUUCCAUGGGGAAACAAGUUAUCUAGAGACAAACAUUGGUACAUUACUUAGGUGUUCCAUACACAAAUAAUUUCAGCAAUUAGCUUGAUUAUUGUUAUAAUAUUCUUCUUAAAUAUUUUUCAACUGCUCUUGUCCCUAAUUACAGCUUUAAAUAUUUUGAAACAAUUCACUAGCUAUAGAGCAAUAUAUAUUUAUGAUGCUAUUUCAUUUUAUGAAAAGUAAUAUUACUGAAAGUGACUAAUUCACCUCCCAUCCCCCAUUGGCAAGCAUCUUUCCCCUCCCUUUUUUAUUUUUUACUUUUAGCUCUAGAAUAGAGUAACUUUGAUUUAUUAGUAUAGUUUAGACCUUUAGUAUUAAAAAAAAGUUACCCCAUGGGUUUGAAAACAGUAGGAUUUAGCUCCUAAAUUGUCAAGUUAAUCAGCAGUGGCUAAACAGAUAGCAGAGGGAAUGUGAUAUAAUUCGAGGCUAGAAAGGAGUAAUGCUUUGGGUAUUUCCUACCUCCCUCCCUUAAAAAAAUACAACGAUAUAUAGACUAUUCUCUCUAAUAGUUGUUCAGAAUUGGAAGUCUUCUAUCAUACUUGUUUGUGUCAAUAAGAGAUCAUGUUUAGCUUAUUAAAACAUCAACCAUGUCCAGAUGAUUGUGUUUUUAACAAAUUAUAUCUGAAUCUGAUUUUUUUUUGCAGCAAUAAGACUAGAGAUAAUGUUCAAAUUUUGGAGGGAAUCUCUGCUUCAGUAGGAACAACAUGUUUGUGUGACCCCUGUCAAAAUGACUUUACCUCAAGUAAACCGUCUCGUGGGAUCAUGCUUAUCAGAAACAUGUGUUUUUCCCAGCGAUCUGUACCCUGCUGAGUGUCUGACAACUCCACCCUUGAUGAGGGUGACGUUCCCCCGAUGGUGGUGGUUGAAAAGAUGAGGAUCCGAGUCCUUCCUCUGGUGGUGUUUGAAUCUCACUGAGUGGGAGGAGGGAAGGAAAGAUGAACAGAUACAGGGCUUCAGGCAAUCAUGUGGUGUGGCUGUGUUAGAGAAGCCUCAGGCACGUUGAGAGUGUUCUGAGUGGUGGCGUCUUACUAAAGCAAUCUGAAGGACUACGGGUUUAAAUCAAAGGCAAAUGCAGCCUGUAGGGAAGAACUGUUGUGGUUAUUCUAGUGGCUGCAAGCACUGGAGUGACCUUGAUCUGUGUCCUAGUUUCUGGCUUGUUCUCCCGGUUUAUCCCACCUGAGGCUGAGCCUGGGAACUGGAGGAGUGGCCCCAGUGUGUUCAGUCCUUUGAUUCUGAAACUUCCUUCUAGUCUCUCAAACGUGUUCGUGACAUAGUUUCCAUUUUCUAAUAUAAAAAAUGUACAGAGUAUAUUUAUAUAUUUGUUUUAUAAAAGACCCUUAAAUGUUUGGAGACACCCACCUCAUCUCUAUGUAGGCAGUGGUCUCCAGACCUCUGUGCCCAUUGACCUCAUCAAGACUUUCUAAGCAUGUCCCGAAAGAUAUUUAUUUAAAUACACACACACUCACACACUGCUCCAAUGAUUUGUUAGGUACAUUAAAAACCAUAGCAAACAUAGCAAUUUACAGGGAAUAGUCUUCUACUCAAUAGAGUUUAGAGUAUGGAGCGAGAAGGACUUGAGGAUAGCACCUAGAAGGCAGCAGUUGGUUAGAGAAUGUGUAUAUAUUGUUGGUGGGCAAGUAGAUGUAAAAUAGGCAUGGAAGCAUGAUUUUAGAUCAAGGUUAUUUAUUCAUUCAUUCUUAAGAGCCAUUUUUGGCUAGAAGAAAAGAGUGAAUAAUUAGAUAUUACCUUUAUAAGAACUCUUUUAUAUUCUAUUUUGGGGACCCCUUGAUAUAGUACAUCUCUUAAAUUCCUGAAAGUUUUCUCAGUACACUGAUUUAAGCAAAACAAAAGAAAGGAGGGAGGGAAAAACCUCAAAAAUGCAAAUGCUGACUCUAAUGCCUCAGAAUUUCUGAAUCUGAAAAGCACGUUUUGAUAAUUCCUGGUAAUCAUCACCUCACUGAUUAUUUAUCUUUCUUCUAUAUGUUUAUUACCCCGUGUCUCCAAAUGUGUGGAAGAUGUACAGAUUUAUUUUCAGAUAUUUGAGAUAGGAAGGACCAACGCUGGUAUAAUUUGAACCUACAUUUCAGCUGCUCGGGGGCUGAUGGGUGGACACUGCCCGGAAACAAUUCCCUGCACCCUCUGUUUCGCAAACACAAUGGAUAGCAUCUUGCUGAAUGAGGGCCUCGAUGUGGAGGCGGCAUUCCAGUGUUUAUUUCUGGAUCUAUGAGUUCCUUUAGCACAGUUAUUGUUAGUAGUUUAUAAAGCCAUAUUUAAACUUGUACACUUGAUUGUAAGAUAGAUUUGAAUUGUGCACUAUGUUGAUUACUGUAUAUAAAUGUGGAGAUUCUGUAUAUUUGGUCUCAUUGCUGUAUGUAUUUGACGUGUAAAUGAUAACUAAUGGAUAUGAAA